AGCACUCGGAUGAACCAGCUGUUGUGUGUUCUGUCAGUUAACAUUAUGUCUCCAGUUAGCUAACAUUAGUUAAUUUGUGGGCCUGAUGCUCAACCAGUGGUCAGCAAACUGAUAUUUGGCAGCAUAGCAUUUUAUUAAGCGUAUUUACAGGACUCUCCCAGAUUUUGGAUGGAGUCAGCAUCCAAGAUUUCAUCAUUUUAUACAAUCACACCAAGAAACCUCAGGUUUCGAGAUUCAGGUCAUUGUGCACAUUGGUGCAAGAAAAAUGGUCAAGUAUUUUUGUAGUAACACAGAAAUCAAGAGUACGUGGGACCAUGUUCUGUCUGCUUUCUGGCAGAGAUACCCUAACCCAUUCAGCACCCAUGUUCUCACCGAGGACGUCGUGUACCGAGAGGUGACUACGGACCACCGGCUCCUCUCCAGACGCCUCCUGAUGAAGACCAAUCGGUUACCUCGCUGGGCAGAGCGGUUCUUUCCUGCUGGCAUGUCGCGCUCUGUUUACAUCAUCGAAGACUCCAUCGUGGAUCCCGUCAACAGGAGCUUGAUCACCUAUACCUGGAACCUGAACCACACAACUCUCAUGUCUGUAGAAGAGCGUUGUGUUUUCCAAGAUUCAGCGGGGCAGCCAGGAGCUACACAACUGAAACGUGAGGCUUGGAUAUCCUCAAGCAUAUACGGGUUUUCCAAACCUAUUCAGGAGUUUGGACUGGCCCGCUUUAAGAGCAACCAGACAAAGACCAUGAAGGGGCUGGAAUAUGCGCUGUCCAACCUACAGGGAGAGACACCCCAACGGCUGCUCAGGGACACAAUGAAGGAUGCAUCAGAAAAGGCCAAAGAGGCAGCAAAGACCCUGGCCUCCGCUGCCGCCACCCCACAGAAAUCCCAACAGUACGUCUGAUAGAGAAGCACAUGCGCUGCCCCGGUGACAGUGCCUUUUGAUCAUCUUAAAAAAGGUUACUGGGGUCUGUCGGAUUAUCUCUGCUGUUGAGACUUUUACCUCUUCCUGUCAGACGUCAUCUGUUUGUCUAUCAGCUUAUAUUUAAAUCUCAGUACCCGAGCCUUUGUAUGAAACCUUCUGCCUUUCAUAUCAGCAGCAUCUCAUUCUGCUUUAAAUGUAUUAGCUCUAAAUUCCCUAUCUGGGCUAUUUAUUUAUUAUUUUAAAUUAAAUGAAUAAGACUAAGCUUUUUUUUUUUCCUUACAUAUUUUGGGAUUUAUACAGAUGCUACACUGCUUUGCAACGACAGCUGUCAUGCUUCAGGCAUGUACGCAGCCAGAAAUGAACAUUAGAUCAAAUCAUGUUAAGUUUUAAUUUGAAAUUUUGUGGUGUAAAUUUCUCACAGGGGAAAUUUUAAGCUGCAAAAUUGUAAUGUUUCCUUGUGAUUUCCCCUUAGUUUCAUAUUUGUUGGCUUUGAAACUGAUAAGCUUCCAUUUCUGAAAUGCUGUAGCUCCCCCAGCAAACACACCGUCCUGUAAUGUUUCACACAUGAUUAGAAAGCAUAAAAACUGCUGCCUGCAAGCCUGUACCGACACGCUGACAAUCACAGCAAAGUGACUUAUAUCAGAACGAGCAAACAUUUCACUUUUGUCUGCUCAGACUAUGUAACGUGAUUAGCCGUUAACUGUAUUACUGUAAGUGAGGUGCAAUAGUGAAAGUUGAUCAUUUCAAUCUGCUUGUUGAAACGUAUGUGUUGAUGAAGAUGCUAUUGUCCUAACAUUUUAUCCACUGCAUUCCGUUUAACAUGGAAUUGACUGGAUUUUUUUUCUGUGACACUUGAAUUAUAGCAG